GAUCCCUAAACGGCAAUCCUUAGCCGAUCUGCUCCUGCAAUUUCCUCAGCCAUUUUUCUCCCUCUCCCUGUCUCAAUCUCUGAUCCCUAAUUUAGUUCCAUUCCCAGUUCUCCAAAAUAUCACGUUUCCGGUUCUUGUUCUUCCCUCUUCGAUCAAUCUUCCUUCAUUAUCCUCUUCUUCUUCAAUCUUAAUUCAAUCCCAUGCCUCCUCCUAGUCCUCCUAUUCAUCACCAUGAACAAACCCAACCUAAGCCCAGCCCCAAGCUCCUAUCAAUCCUCCUUAAAGCCGUCAUCAUGACCCUUCUCACCUCCGUCUUUUUCAUCUUCCUCGGUUUCGCUGCCUUCGUCCUUCUCCAUCUCUGCUUCAUCGGCGGCAUCUUCCACCGCAUCCGCUCCCGCCCCACCAUCCAACUCGGUGCUUCAUCCAAUGGAAUCGCUCCUCGUGACGUCAAGAAGCUGCCCCACUUCCGGGUUGCUAGCGGAACCGAACCCGGACCCGAAACUCAAUGCGUUGUCUGCUUGGAUGGCUUCAGGAGCGGCCACUGGUGCAGAAAGCUCGCCGGAUGUGGCCAUGUGUUCCACCGGAGAUGUGUGGAUACGUGGUUGGUGAAGGUGGCCGCGUGCCCCACAUGCAGGACGCCUGUUCGAUCAAAUGCAGGGAGCGCUGUAGGUUCGGCUCUAGAUGUCAAUAGAGAGGAGGCUAUGCGACAUCGAACAUCUAGUAGGGGCAGUGCAUACAGGAUUUUUUAGCUUGUAAGUUCGAAUAUUUUCAAUUUCUGUGCUAUGUAAGGAUAAUAAGUUUUCCCCUAUGUACAGUAUGAUAUACGUAUUUCAUCUUCUAAAUUUUUGUUUUACUUUCUCUUCGAUUUGGCUGGUUAUCCACUUUGUAUUUCUUUUUCUUUUUUUUUUUUGGGGGGGGGGGGUUUUGUUUAUCCACAUGUAUAUAUGGGUAUGACUUUGCGUUCGAAGGCUAGUGAUAAGAAAAUUAUUGGUAGUCUU